AUGGAGUUCAACUCCUCCCAGGAGAUAGUAUUUGUGCUGCAUGGAAUUAACAUGACGCAAAAAUACAAACAGAUCUACUUCUCAUUUACUCUCACGCUAUACCUUUUAACCAUUUUUGUGAAUCUGACACUGAUCUUUACAAUUUUUUGGGAUAAAAUGUUGCACGAUCCUAUGUAUUUAUUCAUCUGUAAUCUGUGUAUUAAUGGUAUUUAUGGAUCUUCAGCGUUUUAUCCAAGGAUACUUUACGACCUUUUAUUUGACUCUUAUGUGAUAACAUACAGUGGGUGCAUGACACAGAUAUUUCUAAUCUACUCUUAUAUUAUAAGUGAUUGCACCACCUUGACAGUGAUGGCAUAUGACAGGUAUGUUGCCAUCUGUAAGCCAUUACACUACCACUCUAUUUUGACUAUUCAAAAAGUGUGGACACUCAUUCUUCUAACAUGGCUUUUCUCUUGGCUGGAAAGUGGCAUAUUAGUGUUAUUAACAGCCAGGUUACCUCUCUGUGGCGUUGACAUAGAUAAACUCUACUGCUCAAACUGGGCAGUUGUUAAGCUCUCAUGUGGUGACACCACACUGAACAACCUGUACGGUUUCAUUCUCAUUUUAUCUCACCUCUGUCAAAUGACACUCAUCCUGAUUUCCUAUGUGAACAUCAUCAAAGUGUCUUUGCGGUCUCGGGCUGACAGGAAGACGUCCAUGAAAACCUGUCUGCCUCAUCUGAUAACCCUGACUAACUUUGUCAUCUCAGUUAUCUUUGACGUGAUGUACGCUCGCUACGGCAGCGACACCAGCCUGCUGGCCCUGAGGAAUAUCAUGUCAGUGGAGUACCUGGUUGUGCCUCCUCUAGUAAACCCUAUUAUAUAUGGGAUGAAACUCACACCGAUUCGGAACAGAGUCGGACAGAUGUUCACAAAAUUGCCGCCAUAA